CCUGUUUUACCCAGAGAAGUGAGUUGUGCUGGCCGCACCUUGCCUUUCAGUGUGAGGGCAGGGAGUGCUCUCUGACUCACGCAGGAAGGAGGACUCACAUUGCCUUGCAGGCCAAGCUGAGAGAAAGGAAUUUGCUCUACUGUGCUGGGAAGGCUUUGAGAAACUCAUCUUUCAUCCGGUUAUCAAGAACCUGAAACGAAUUUCUCUUUCCAGGAUUGUUCAACCUGUGGCGUACGGACUUGUCUUCCCAAUGCAUGGCCCCAACUUGCUGGGUGCUGUGCUCUUCCUUGGGGUACGGCUCCGAGCACUGUGGCCUGUGGCAGCCGUGGAAGUUCACACUUCCAGGGAGGUAGAUGCUGUGAACGGCACUAACCUGCGGUUAAAAUGCACCUUUUCCAGCAGCAGCCCUAUUAGCCAGCAUCUGUCAGUGACCUGGAACUUCCAGCCCGAGGACCUGAGCUCUCAUGAGCCAGUAUUUUAUUACCUGAAGGAGCCCUACAAGCUUUCUGCUGGACGGUUUAAAGAGCGAGUCACCUGGGAUGGGAAUAUUGAGCGUAAUGACGUUUCCAUCGUUAUCUGGAAUUUGCAGCCCACCGACAAUGGGACGUUCACCUGCCAGGUGAAGAACCCACCAGAUGUUGACGGCACAAUUGGUGAAGUGCGUCUCAGAGUUGUGCAGAAAGUGCAUUUCUCAGAAAUCCACUUCUUGGCGGUGGCCAUCGGAUCUGCUUGUGUUCUGAUGAUCAUUGUGGUGACAAUUGUGAUUAUCUGUCGACACCAUCGGAAGAAAGUUCAGGAAAAGAGGAUCGAGGUGGCAGACGCUGAACUGAGAGAAAAGGAGAAUAUGAAGAUUAGAGAAGAAAAGGAAGCCAGUCCACUAGAAGACUAGAGGUCUUUGAUGGUAUAUACAAUGCAGAUACUUCUAAAGCAGAUGGUGAAAGCUUGUAAUUUUGGAUGUUAGAACAAAGCUGUAUUACAGAUGCCUCGUGCUGCGAGUGUGGUAUCCCUGCUCAACCUGAAAUUCUUGCAAGGAAAGAGGAUGACACGAACAGAAGUUGUAUAUUUCCUUCACUGGAGCAAAGCAGGAGGAACUUGCCUUAAUCUUCACACCUGCAGAAUGUGAAGAAGCUGCUCUGAAGAUGAGAAAGACUUGAACAAAAGGCAAAGAUAGCUGACUGAAGAGAGAUUUUCAGAGUGUCUGAGCAGAUGCACUCUUGCCCCUUAAAAGUCACAAGGUGCAUAUGUGUUGCCAUAUUUUUCCUGCCUCAAACUCCUCUUUGACAUCACGGGAAGAAAACUGACUACGUGAGGGAUCAGAGGAGCAGCUGGUUGCUACAAUGUACUUUCAAUCUCUUUGCUGCUUUAAACGAGAAGUGGGAACUUAUGCUGUUUCUUAUUAGGGAUGAUGUUUACCAGUGGGUGUGCUUUUCACAUGGAUCUCUUGCACCUUCAGUAGGCUUUGUAACUGCCGUAGCUGAGGUCACUGCCUUCUGCUGUGCAGCGCACAGCCACUCGCUUUGGCAGCUCCCCUCCUUUCCCCACUCCCGCUCCGCCAGUGCGUCCCAACGCUCCCCUCCUUUCCCCUCGGCUCCCCAGCCCCGCUCCCCUCUUCCCCCCGAGGGAGCUCCCCACCGUCGGGUGGGACGCUCUGACCCCCGCUCAGCAGCCUCACGCCCACCCUUGCAGGCGCCCCAAAGCUUUGGCUGGCAGCGGCUGCUGCGGUCCAAGCGCGGAGGCUGUCCCGGAGCAGGCGAUGCUCGGGCGCUGCGCUCUCCUGCUGCCGUCCGGCGUGCGUCCGACGGCCGCCGGCACGGUGUCAGGCUUCCAGCAGCGGCGGCGAGACCCCACGUCCCUCCGGGUGCUGUUUGCCGCCCAGGCGCCCAACAGCACAUCUCACCCCCUGCGUUUGAUGCGCUCGCAUGUGCUCGCUUGGCACGGACCCUCCUUCCCGAGACUUAAUCUCUUCAAGGCAAAGGCGGCCCUAAACCACCGAGGCGGCAGAACUGUCACAGUAUUUAACCAGCACCAAAUCAAAACAUCGGCCUGCUUGUUUAAAGAGUAUCUUUAUGACUUUACAACUCUAAUGUAAUGUGCUGGCCACAUUAUCUGUUCGUACGGUUUAAUUUCCGACCGUGUGUGUCAUAAAUAAACGUGCCUGGUGGAGAGCA